AUCCACAUCCGAAAAUGAAGAAGAGGAGGUGUCAUGCUUAGUACACCUCUCAAAGAUACCGGUUCCUUCUGCUAGUUGUACUCUCACACUGUGCCACUUUAGCCAACUGAAGAGAAAAUACCCGACACCGAUUACUCCCUACGCCAUCAUUUUAUGACAGAAUUAAUAUCAAACGUGGUCAGUUGCGUUUUUAAUUAAAAACAUCCAACAGUGGCUCGUGGGCUGGCUAGCUAGGCUAGCUACUCCUGUAUUAGCAGCAGCAGCAGCACUUGGCUGGCUAGCUAGCUAGCUGCCUGAAUUAUUGUUACUUGUUGUUGUUGCAGUCACAUCUCAAACAAAUCACAGAUGUAGGACAAGCUCUUCAAGUGUUCUUGGUUGGUUGGUUGUGUCAGGUGUUAUUAGGCCCCUGGUCUGGUCUGAGGGAGGAAGUGUUCAGGAAGUGUUCAGACACAGGAAGUGUUCAGACACGGGAGGAGAGCUAGGAGAGGAGGUGAAUGCCGUCAAGCUUUUUCUGAAACACUGGGGUUGUUGGUGUGGCUGAAUUUUCCCUGGAUUUGAUUGGUCAAUUCAGAAGACUGAAGCCCAGGCUGACAGUCUACCUUUCACGGAGGCCCAGCCGUGAGAGGACUGAGGAAGGCACGUGGCGAAUCAUGACCGCGGACAAAGACAAGCCAGACAGGGAGAAGGACAGGGACAGAGACCGAGACAGGGAGAGAGACAGAGAGAGGGACAGAGACCGGGACAAGAGGGACAAAGCAUCCAGGGAGAGCGAGAGCUCACGACCACGCCGUAGCUGCACGCUGGAGGGAGGAGCUAAGAACUACGCGGAGAGCGAGGACGAGGAUAACGAGAACAGGGGAGGGGCCGGGGCAGUAGGUGGGGUCAACAUGGGGAUGGGGGAGGAGUCAGGGAAGAAGGGGAAGAAGAAGAUGAUCAAGAAGAAGUCGAGGUAUGAACGGAUGGAGAACGGAGAGAUCACUUCCUUCAUUACUGAAGACGACGUUGUUUACAGACCUGGCGAUUGUGUAUAUAUGGAGAGCCGCAGGCCCAACACUCCCUACUUCAUAUGUAGCAUUCAGGAUUUUAAACUGAGUAAACGAGACCAUCUGUUACUCAGUGUUAAAUGGUACUAUCGUCAGUCAGAGGUCCCAGACUCAGUCUACCAACACCUGGUGCAGGAUCGCAACAAUGAUAACGAUUCUGGCCGGGAGCUGGUCAUCACAGACCCGGUGGUCAAGAGCAGAGAACUCUUCAUCUCUGACUAUGUGGAUACAUACCAUGCUGCUGCCCUCAGGGGGAAGUGUAACAUUGCCCAUUUCUCCGACAUCUUUGCUGCCAGGGAGUUCAAAGCUCGCAUCGACUCCUUUUUCUACAUCCUGGGAUACAACCCAGAAACCAGGCGACUAAACAGCACACAAGGAGAGAUCAGAGUGGGGCCUAGUCACCAAGCCAAGCUUCCCGAGCUGCAGCCCUUCCCCUCCGAGGCCCCGGGGGGCCUGGGUCAGGCUGUGACAGAGAAUGAGGAGCUGGUGUGGAUGCCAGGGGUCAACGACUGUGACCUGCUCAUGUACCUCAGGGCUGCAAGGAGCAUGGCUGCCUUCGCUGGGAUGUGUGACGGAGGUUCUACGGAAGACGGAUGCCUAGCAGCCUCGCGAGACGACACCACACUCAACGCACUUAACACGCUUCACGAGAGCAGUUACGAUGCAGGCAAGGCACUACAGCGCCUGGUCAAAAAGCCUGUUCCCAAACUCAUAGAGAAGUGCUGGUCAGAAGACGAAGUGAAGCGCUUCAUUAAAGGGCUCAGACAGUACGGCAAGAACUUCUUCAAGAUUCGGAAAGAUCUGCUACCCAACAAGGAAACGGGUGAGUUGAUAACCUUCUACUACUACUGGAAGAAGACUCCUGAAGCGGCGUCGUCCAGGGCCCACCGUAGACACCGUCGCCAGCCUGUGUUCCGACGCAUCAAGACGCGUACCGCCUCCACUCCCGUCAACAUCCCAUCUAGACCCCCCUCCUCAGAGUUCUUGGACCUGAGUUCAGCCAGUGAAGAUGACUUGGACAGUGAAGACAGUGAGCAGGAGCUGAAGGGUUACGCCUGCAGACACUGUUUCACCACCACCUCUAAGGACUGGCACCACGGUGGCAGAGAGAACAUCUUGUUGUGUACAGACUGUCGUAUCCACUUUAAGAAGUACGGCGAGCUGCCUCCCAUCGACAAGCCCGUGGACCCGCCUCCGUUCAUGUUCAAACCCGUCAAAGAGGAUGAGGAUGGACUCAGCGGGAAACAUAGCAUGAAGACCCGACGUAACAGAGGAUCGAUGUCGACGCUCCGUAGUGGCCGGAAGAAGCAGACAGCCAGUCCUGAUGGACGAGCAUCUCCAACCAAUGAGGACCUGCGGUCUAGUGGCCGUACCUCCCCCUCCGCAGCCUCCACAGACAGCACUGACAGCAAGACAGACCCCCUGAAGAAACCCAGCAAGAAGAUUGAGGAGUCUCCUAUGAAGACUGCCAAACGCCAGAGAGAGAAGGGAGGAGCCUCAGACACAGAGGACACAGACAACAGGACAAGCGCCAAAAAGUCCAAGACCCAGGAGCUGGGUCGGUCCGACUCGCCGUCUGAAUGCGAGGGAGAGGGCGAAGGCGAGAGCUCCGACGGGCGUAGCGUCAACGAGGAGUGUAGCAGUGACGCUAAAGACAUUGACCAGGACAACCGCAGCUCCUCGCCCUCCAUCCCCAGCCCCCGAGACGGGGAGAGUGACUCGGACUCCUCCGCCCAGCAACAGCUGCUCCUACUGCAGAGACAAGAGAGGGAGAGGGUGAGAGAGGGGCAGUCGCAGCACCCUCUGGUUAUCCAGUCCUGUCAGCCAGGGUCCUCCGGUGGUCGCUCCAUCACCCCUCCAUUACCUUCCACGUCCUCCUCAGCCCCCUCACUGGUCCCCCAGGUCCCACCCUCCUCCACACCCCCCACUUCUCUUCUACCGCCUCCCAUGCCCCAACAGGCCGGCCCCCUCUCUCUCAUCCAAUCAGGGGCGUCGAUCCACCCCCAGAGGCGGCCCUCGCCCUCGCCUCAUUCUCCGCAGCAGGGGAUGUCUCAGGUUCCGCCCCCAGGACCGCCAGGCUCCACGCAGUCGCUACCGAGCACGUUCCACGGCCCGCUGCCCCACCCACUUCAAACUGGCCCCUCUCACCUGCCCCACCCCCACUCCCUGCCCCCUCAAAGCUUCCCAUUGGGCCCCCAGUCUCAGGUCCCGCCCUCCCCGCUCCCUCUCAGUCAAUUGCAGCAGCCGUCUCACAGGGCCCACACGCCCCCCAGCCAAUCAUCGUCGUCCCAGGGUGGCUCGUCCAAUCAGCCGCCCCGCGAGCAGCCCCUACCCCCCGCCCCUUCCAUGUCCAUGCCCCACAUCAAGCCCCCUCCCACCACCCCCAUCCCCCACAUGCCCAACCGCGACCCUCAGUCCCACAAACACGGGCCUCCACACCUCUCAGCACCCCCUUUCCCCCAGAUGCCCUCCAACCUGCCCCCUCCGCCCGCCCUCAAACCCCUCUCCUCCCUGUCCACCCACCACCCUCCCCCUGCCCACCCUCCUCCCCUCCAGCUCAUGCCCCAGGGCCCAGGCCAGCAGCUCCAGCCUCCACCGGCCCAGCCCCCUGUCCUCACCCAGUCCCAGAAUCUCCCCCUUUCAGAGAGAGAGAGAGGCAGCCAGCACCACCUUCCUCCUCCUCUACCCCCAUCCGGACCGUCACCAUCCUCCCACCCCAACACAUCCCAACAGUCCCCGUUCCCUCCUCCCCCCUCCUCCUCAUCCUCCUCUCUACCGCCAGGCCUCCAGCCCCCCUCCUCCUCCAUCUCGAUGCCCCUCCCAGCCUCCGUCGGCUCCGCCUGCCCAGGUCCCGCCCUCCCACCCGUACACAUCAAGGAGGAACCUCUCGACGAAUCAGAGGAGCCCGAGAGCCCUCCGCCCCCUCCGCGGAGCCCCUCUCCCGAGCCUACCAUCGUCAACACGCCCAGCCAUGCCAGCCAAUCAGCACGGUUCCACAAGCACCUGGACCGUGGGUACAACACGUGUGCUAGAACAGACUUCUACUUUACUCCUCUGGCUGCUUCUAAACUGGCCAAGAAGAGAGAAGAAGCACUGGAGCGGGUCAAGAGAGAGGCCGAGCAGAAAGCCCGGGAGGAGAAGGAGAGGGAGAAGGAACGAGAGAGGGAACGGGAAAGAGAGAAGGAACAGGAGAGAGCUGUGAAAGCCUCCAGUUCGUGUCACGACGGCCGUAUGGGUGACCCCCAGAUGGGUGGCCCCGCCCACAUGCGUCCUCCCUUCGACGGCCCCCCUACCUCCAUCGCUGCAGUGCCCCCUUACAUCGGCCCUGACACGCCCGCCCUGCGCACCCUCAGCGAGUACGCCCGCCCCCACGUCAUGUCCCCGACCAAUAGGAACCACCCCUUCUUCGUCUCCCUCAACCCCAACGACCCCCUGAUGGCCUAUCACAUGCCUGGCCUCUACAACGCCGACCCGGGCAUGCGGGAGCGCGAGCUGCGAGAGCGGGAGAUGAGGGAGAGAGAGAUGAGGGAGAGGGAGCUGAGAGAGAGGAUGAAGCCUGGGUUCGAACACAAACCCCCAGAGCUAGAAGGCAUGCACCCUUCGGCUAACCCCAUGGAGCACUUCGCCCGACACGGGGCCAUCUCCUUACCAUCCAUGGCAGGACCGCACCCCUUCGCCUCCUUCCACCCAGGUCUCAACCCCCUGGAGAGAGAGCGUUUGGCGUUGGCCGCGGGACCCCAGCUCAGACCAGACAUGAGCUACCCGGAGCGGCUGGCGGCGGAGAGGCUGCACGCCGAGAGGAUGGCGGCGGUGGCCAACGACCCUAUCGCCAGGCUUCAGAUGUUCAACAUCACACCUCAUCACCACCAGCACUCCCACAUCCACUCACACCUGCACCUUCACCAGCAGGACUCCUUGCACCAAGGCGGUGGUGAAUGUCUUGUGUGCCCUCCAGGUUCGGGGGGGCACCCCCUCGUAGACCCCCUGGCAGGAGGCCCGCAUCUCGCCCGCUUUCCCUACCCGCCCGGCGCAAUCCCCAACCCCCUCCUGGGACAGAACCCACACGAACAUGAGAUGCUGCGACACCCCGUCUUCGGUACUCCGUACCCCCGGGACCUUCCUCCCCAGAUGUCCGCAGCCCACCAGCUCCAGGCCAUGCAUGCACAGUCUGCAGAGCUGCAGCGGCUAGCUAUGGAACAGCAGUGGCUGCAUGGACAUCAUCACAUGCACGGUGGUCCACUUCCUGGACAAGAGGACUAUUACAGCCGGCUGAAGAAGGAAAGCGACAAGCAACUGUAACCGACCAAUGGGGACGCAGAGACGCAGGAAGUUGCCUAGGACACAGGAAGUACAGGAACAGGAAGUAGUUACAGAGCAGUCUGUCAGUCAGAGGAACUCGACCUCCGCUCCUCCAAACAUUUCCCGUUACGAAGAACAACAAAAAGUGAUUUUUCUGUUGUCUGUUGUCCUUCCCUGUCCGUGGGUUUUCAUUUUCUUUUUGUUAAGGACAUUGAGAGACUUUGUUUGGUGUAACUAUAGCCUUCUAGUAGUGGCACCGACUUCAAGACUGACUGUGACUUUCCUGCAUGAAAACUCCUCUAAAGCUUCCACAACAUGUUUGUAGGUAGCACACGUUCACUGUGCUAGUCGAUGGAAAGGAGCGCUCCAGACAUUAUAUCCACGGAAAGAUUCAAAACAAAGUGCUAUUGUUAUUUUAAUACAUUGUUGGAGGUUUUCAUAAUUUGAAGGAAAAGCUGCAGCAUGGCAUUUUUUUGAGUCUGUAAAUAGUAUAUAUAUAUACAUAUAAUUAUUAUUAUUAUUAUAAUUGUUACUAGGUGUGGACUCUGAACCAAGUCAUUUAUAAACCUCCAAUAUGUUACUGUGUUAUAAAGCAUUAUGCCUUGUUUUAACGGGGGGGGCAACAAAGCAUUAAUAGAACAGCCAAAGGGUGUUCAGCGAGGAUUCCAGUCCUGUGGUGUGGGGUACCUCAGAGAGCUGUAUAGUCCCAGACUCUCACGUACACAAGACUGUCCCAUCCACCUCCUUUCAUUAGACACCUCUUGACAAGCACCAUAUUGUCAGACAGAAUGCCUGAACUUACUGGGUUGAGUUAAUGAUUUGAGACCCUUGAAGAGGACUGAGUCAUCAAUGGAUCAGCAUAUCCCCUGUCCUGCCCUGCCCUGCCCUGCCCUGCCCUGCCCUGUCCUGCCCUGUCCUGUCCUGCCCUGCCCUGUCCUGUCCAAUACCCUGAUGCAGACACCAUCUAUUGUACUCAAAGGAAGACUAGAUAGAAUCCCUCAGUUACUACUCUCUGGAUGUUAGGUUACUACUCUGUGUGGAAGACUAGAUAGAAUCUCUCAGUGCUUUUAAUUGGUUUUGACACUCUACUCAACAUCAGUAUUGAGUCAACAUAAUUAAAAAACAUUUAAAGUUUAUAGGCAGAUUUUUAAACCUGUUUCACAUUUUCUUCUACAAUGUUUUAAAUUGUCUUGGUGUCUUCAAGCUACACUGAGGCCCCAACAUGUGUUCUGAUCUGACUGUGGGUGAGUAGACUUGUACAAGGGUGCUAGAGGGAACUACAGGUAGUGGUGGUGGUGAUGUUAACCCUGGUUUCCUCACUCCUCUAUUUGUCCAAGUGUGGCUGCUACAGCAAGACUUUUCUAGCCUGGUAUAUUUGUGCUGUCUUGACAACUCCUAGGGUACCAGGCUAGUGGUUCUCCUCCAUGAGGGGAUCCUAAUAUAAUGUGUGCUGUGCUGCCAUAUUCACUGUGACUAACAGGCCUGGCUACAUGGGUCCAGUACUGGUACCACACACUAUCUAACAGGCCUGGCUACAUGGGUCCAGUACUGGUACCACACACUAUCUAACAGGCCUGGCUACAUGGGAGGACGUGGGUCCAGUACUGGUACCAGACACUAUCUAACAGGCCUGACUACAUGGGUCCAGUACUGGGUCCAGAUUCUAGGCAGUGGAGAUGUAAUGUUGGUGGUCGUAUUGCCUCCAGGCUCUCGCUGUUGUCCCCUGCUGGCUGGUCAGCCGUCCCCUCAGCCUGCACAGCUUCUCCUGGCCUCCCCUUCAAUGCCGGGGGUGUUGAGUGUACUGUACGCCAUGCCAUUGGCUGUUCUGUUCAGUUCACCUGACCGUCAUAGCAGUCUACUGGCUGUUAGCUCUCACCUAUCCUAUGUUAGCCUAUGGUCGAGUUCCUUCUACUCCUCUCUGGUCCGUCCAUGUGCUCUGUUUGUCUGGCUGUUCAAUGCACAUUCACUCAUCUCAUGUACUCCUCUUCAUCUGCUGCCUCCUCUUCUUUCUGACACCCUCCUCCUCCGCUUUCUGACACCCUCCUCUUCUUUCUGAUACCCUCCUCUUUCUGACACCCUCCUCCUCUUUCUGACACCCUCCUCCUCCGCUUUCUGACACCCUCCUCCUCCGCUUUCUGACACCACCCUCCUCUUUCUGACACCCUCCUCCUCUUUCUGACACCACCCUCUUCUUUCUGACACCCUCCUCUUCUUUCUGACACCCUCCUCCUCUUUCUGACACCCUCCUCCUCUUUCUGACACCCUCCUCUUCUUUCUGACACCCUCCUCCUCUUUCUGACACCCUCCUCCUCUUUCUGACACCCUCCUCUUCUUUCUGACACCCUC